GGCUGCCUCCGGGAGGCCGAGCUCAUCCUAGCGGGUCCAGGGGCGUGAGUCGGGUCCGCGGGUGCAGGGGAGGGCACAUCUCUAUUGCGCUUUCUCUUUGCAUCCCUGAGAUUGCCUCGCUGCGCUUUAAAGAGGUUUAACGUUAGCUGCGAUUCCGUCUGACUAGUUAGGGAACCGAGGCCGAGGAGUGGGAGGUUUGGCCAUCUGCAGGACCCGGUGACCUGCUAAGGGAAGGCCGGGAACCCAGACGUCGGGGUCUGCGCUCCCAAACCGGCUUGGAUCGGUGGGCGCUGGAGCAAAGGCCGUGCCGCGUUGCUUGCACCCCACCCCACCUCACCCCUCGCCGCUGCCGGAGGCUCCCUGGGGGAGGAGCUCCGGGGGCGGAGGAGGAGCCACGGCGGCUCCAGGGAGCCGGGACGCAGUCAUCCCGGAUAAGAGGCAGAGCCCGGCAGGAACCCCGGCAGCCCGGCAGGCAGAAGGCUCCGGGAGCAGCCUCAUGGAAGAAAAGCAGAUCUUGUGCGUGGGGCUAGUGGUGCUGGACAUCAUCAAUGUGGUGGAUAAGUACCCGGAGGAAGACACGGACAGCAGGUGCUUGUCGCAGAGAUGGCAGCGCGGAGGCAACGCGUCCAACUCCUGCACCGUCCUCUCCCUGCUCGGAGCCCCCUGCGCCUUCAUGGGCUCGCUGGCGCCGGGCCAUGUUGCCAACCUUUUGGGGAUCGUGGUGGCCCCACCAGCUACCCUGCUGUCCCCCAAACCCUUGUCACACUGCACCUCCCCUCGGGUUACCCUACCCUGGCAGUUUUGUCCUGGAGGACCUCCGCCGCUAUUCCGUGGACCUACGCUACACGGUCUGUCAGACCAGGGGCUCCAUCCCCACCUCCACGGUCAUCAUCAGCGAGGCCAGCGGCAGCCGCACCAUCCUGCACGCCUACAGCUUCCUGGUGGCUGACUUCGGGCGGCGGGGCGUGGACGUGUCCCAGGUGGCCUGGCAGACAAGGGGGGAGACCCCCUGCUCUUGCUGCAUCGUCAACAACUCCAAUGGCUCCCGCACCAUUGUGCUCUACGACACGAACCUGCCCGACGUGUCUGCUGAGGACUUUGAGAAGGUUGAUCUGACCCGGUUCAAGUGGAUCCACAUCGAGGGCCGGAACGCCUCGGAGCAAGUCAAGAUGUUGCAACGAAUAGAAAAGCACAAUUCCAGGCAACCUCCAGGGCAGCGGAUCCAGAUGUCCGUGGAGGUGGAGAAGCCCCGGGAGGAGUUGUUCCAGCUGUUCAGCUGUGGAGACGUGGUGUUUGUCAGCAAAGACGUGGCCAGACACUUGGGCUUCUGGUCAGCGGAGGAUGCUAUCAGGGGACUGUACGGUCGUGUGAGGAAGGGGGCUUGGCUGGUCUGUGCCUGGGCUGAGGAGGGUGCUGACGCCCUGGGUCCUGAUGGGUGCCUGCUCCACUCGGACGCUUUCCCCCCACCCCGGGUGGUGGACACCCUGGGCGCCGGAGACACCUUCAAUGCCUCUGUCAUCUUCAGCCUCUCCCAGGGAAAGAGCAUGCAGGAGGCACUGAGCUUUGGCUGCCAGGUGGCUGGUAAGAAGUGUGGGCUGCAGGGCUUCGAUGGCAUCGUGUGAGAGCCCUGCAGAGGAGGACUGGCUCAUCACCCCUCCAUGCAGGUGGCAUCCCUGGCUGCCGCUGCCUUUUCCCCUCUGUCCAGCCUGGCCUCCCAGCUGCCCCACUCCCUGGGCAGAUGGGGGCUGUAGGGUGGGCUCUGCUUGUGUGUGUGUCCCCAUCCAUCUCACCCUGCAGUACCUCCAAGGAAAUAAAUCUCCUCUCCCAGA